GGAAGUAAACAAGGAUCGCCUAAACACUAUGCACCAGAAAAUCUCUGCGCCACCGCGACUGCUCAGCCUUGCAGCUGGAAAGAGCACCUGCUGCAUUUUCAGAGUUCCCCGGAGCCUGGUUGAUAUCAACGGCAAGUCCUAUCAACCCCAUAUCGUCUCAAUCGGUCCCUACCACCAUGGCGAACCUCAGCUCAAGAUGAUCGAAGAGCACAAAUGGCGGUUUCUGGGUUCUAUACUCAACAGGAUAAAAGUCAAAGGUUUAACCUUGGAAGAUCUCCUCAAGGCCGUAGAGUCACGAGAAAAGGAAGCCAGAGAAUGUUAUUCGGAAAAUCUCGACAUGGGUACUGAUGAAUUUGUGGAGAUGUUGGUUCUUGAUGGUUGUUUUAUCAUCGAAUUGUUUCGAAAAGUUGCGAAUUUGGUACCUUCUGAUCCUGACGAUCCAAUUUUCUCAAUGGGGUGGAUUUUACCCCUUUUUUUCAGGGAUUUUGUUCGAAUUGAAAAUCAAAUCCCGUACUUUGUUCUUGAAGUCUUGUUUGAUUUAUCCAAAAUGCCAGGAGAGGAAUCAAGACCUACUUUAUCCCAGCUAGCUUUGGAAUUCUUCAACAACAUGAUAUUACGCCCAGAUGAAAACAUCCCCAAAUUCUCCCAGCUGAAGGGAAGGCAUUUGCUUGAUUUGGUUCGCACAAGUUUUAUUCCUUCCGAAACAGAGAAACCCUACAAGAUUAAGACACCAACUCAUAUCAUCCACUGCAUUUCCAAGCUCCGCCGAGCUGAUAUCAAGCUUAAACCGGUCAAAGCAGAGAGCUUUUUAGAGGUGAAGUUCCAGCACGGUGUGAUCGAAAUGCCUACCAUAACCGUGGAUGAUUUCAUGACCUCGUUUCUGCUCAACUGUGUGGCGUACGAGUACUGCCACAAGAGCUCCUCCAAGCCCUUCACUGCCUACGCAGCCCUGCUGGACUGCCUGGUGAACACGUAUAAAGAUGUGGAGUACCUUUCUGACAGAAACAUAAUCGAGAACUUCUACGGCAAAGAGGAAGAAGUGGCAAGAUUCAUCAAUAACAUGGGGAAGGAUAUAUCCUUUGACAUCGAUCAGUGCCAUCUAUGGAAACUGUUCUCCGAUGUGCACUACUAUUACAGGAAUGAUUGGCGUGUUCAGUGGGCAGGCUUCAAGUAUGCAUACUUGCACGCAGCAUUGCUUAUCCUAGUCCUCACCUUCUUGCAAACUUUCUACACUAUUUAUCAAAAUUACCAUCAUGAUUGAUGUUAAGAGCCUGAAUUUGUUAGUUCUGUACGUGUAAUACUCAUCAAUUAUUGGUUGUAUGGAGUUCAACUAACAGAUUCAAGGUUUGUUUACUUUGAAUCGGAACAGAAACUGCCUGCUUUGAUUGGAGAAAUGAAAUCUUCCUGUGCUGUUAACUUGUAGAUAAGUUUGGAAUUGAAUAAAAAAUGCCUACAGGAUUUGAAUUACACAUGUCAGCAAUCAACAAACAUUCAGUGGCACCAGUAUAACCAAACAUUCAAUGGAUAUGUAUGCAAACACUCCACAUGGUACCAUUCUGGCUGCAAGGAUUGUGGACGGAUUCAAUAAUUUGUAAGUCCCGUC